AUGGCAUUUAUAGGAACCCGACUUGAUCUUAUCAUAUUCUUGAUGUUCCUCUCAAUUGUUUCAAACAAUAUUGUCUUUGCUAGAAACAAUACUCUAAACAAAAGUGUAUCUGCAACCAUUGUCAAAGAGGGAAUACCUCCUUUUUACUAUAUGAAUAUCAAUGGAGAAGAUUACAUUAUGGAUCUCGACUCCGAUUUUCUAUGGACUCGUUGUGAUAAGUGGCAUGUUUUUCACCAACCUUGUCCAAAACAAGCAUGUUCCUUAGCCCAUUCGUGGCCUUCCAGAUUGUGCCCUUUAAAGAAAGAUCAGCAAGAACGUUUGUGCCCUUGUAAAGUUGCAUUGGUGAAUCCGGUUCCCAAAACGUGUCAUCAAACUGAUCUGUCGUACCAAUACUACUUCUUUUUCAAUCAGACCGGGCAUUGGCCUUUUAAAAUAACUUCUUUCAAACAAAUUUAUGCGGCUUGUAUCCCAUCUGAGCUUAGGGCCACUCAAUUCUAUAACAGAACCGGUCAAUUUGUUGGGCUCUCAAAAGCGCCCUUAUCCAUUCCAUCUCAAUUUGCAUCACAGUACCAAUUUUCCAAGAAAUUUGCAUUCGUCCUUCCCAGUGUUCGUUAUCCACACGGCAUAAUAUUCUUCGGUGGUGGACCUUAUUACAUUGUCUAUUAUGCGGAUAAGCUUCAUGAUGUUACGAUCUUUUUCACCUACACACAGUUACUACAAAACUCAUUAUCAACAACAAACGGUUACUACAUCGGGGUACAAGCCAUAUCAAUUGGAAGUUCGGAAUUGCACCAAAUUCCUAUUCAAGCAAGUUCCUUUGAUAUUAACUACACCACCGGGCUUGGAGGCGUGAGAAUAAGCACAAUCGUGUUAUAUACCACCUUGAGGAGCGAUAUAUUUCUUGCUUUUCGCAAAACAUUCUUGGAGGCAAUGGAAGGCAAAAUUCCAGUUAGAGCUGUGAAGCAAUUCGAUCUUUGUUUCAAUGCGAGCGAUCUAGUUCUCAAUCCUUUGGGGGGUUAUAUAGGAGCUCCUAAGGUGGAACUAAGCUUGGCCAAUGGGAAGAAUUGGACAUAUUUCUCGAAUACCAUGCAAACGGUUUAUAGAGAUAACAUUAACGAUACUUUGGCGUGUAUGGCUUUCAUUGAUGGUGGGAAAACGAUGGAAGAGGCAAUGGUGAUUGGGGCUUUCCAGAUGGAGGAAAUAUUCGUGGAAUUUGAUCUAGUUAAGUCCCAAUUCGGGUUCACUCCUAACUUGUUUUUGUUACGUAAAUUUAAUGGUUCAAUUACAGGAUGA